UUUUUGGUGAGAACAUAAAUGCUGAUUAUCUAUUUAGAUUGAUAUUACUUUAAUUUCAUAAUACAUAAUUAGGAGAAAAAACAAUGAAUAUCACGGACAGUAAUGCGGAGAUUGGACAGCCGGACGUAUUCCCAACGGACAACGGACAACUUACGCCUGCCAAUAACUCCAUACCCACAUUUUACUUCCAUCAGACUGCCCAAGUAGCGUUCAUGUGUGUGCUGUUUCUGGUUACCAUGGCAACGAAUACCUUGGUGUUAUUUCUCAUAUUUAUGUCCAGGAAGAUCAAAUCCCGAAUGAACAUGUUUAUCGCCAACCUCGCAUGCGCAGAUUUACUUGUUGGAAUUUUCUUCAUUCUGACUGACAUUUUAUGGAAAAUCACAAUCGAAUGGCAUGCUGGGAACGUUGUCUGCAAAUUGAUCAAGUUCACGCAGACGUUUGUUAUCUACGGAUCUAGUUAUGCACUUGUCGCACUGACCAUAGACCGACUGGAGGCCAUAGCAAAACCAAUGAACCUGCAGACAAGGAGCAAACGUUACCGGGUACUUAUCAGCUUGGGUUGGUUUUUUUCUUUCCUGUUUUCACUGCCACUUCUCCACCUUUUCAAAGAGGAAGUUGUGGAUGGAGGUGCGGACGGUCUCAAAGUGCAGUGCUGGAUGUUUCUUCCAGAACCAUGGAUGUGGAAGCUCUACAUCACGCUUAUUGCUAUAGCUAUAUUUGUGAUCCCCGCCCUCAUAAUCAUGUCAUCAUACAUGUUUAUCAUCUGCAUCAUCUGGAAGAAAAACAAAGGUGCAUUGUCCUCGCACGAAUAUAGCUGCGAGCGCUACCUUCUGGCCACGGCUCAAGGAAACGGAAAAACAUAUGGAUCUCCAUCAGUAGUGUUACACAGCAGUCGAAGGCGAGGCAACUGGACAGAGACAAGCAUGAGUUCAAGAGGGAUCAUUCCAAGAGCGAGGAUAAAGACAAUUAAAAUUACAUUUGUUAUUGUUUUAGCGUUUGUCCUCUGCUGGAGCCCAUUCUUUGUGUAUGACCUGCUGACUGCCUAUGGAUACAUUCAAAAUGGAACACCACAAACUAUUGCUAUCAGUACCUUCAUACAGAGCCUUGCCCCGCUCAACAGUGCUGCAAACCCAAUUAUAUAUAUCAUCUUCAAUACCCAGAUGUUUGAAAAGUACUGCUGCAAACGCUAUGGAACUCAGUCGCCUUCUCGAACCUCGACCUCCCAUCUGUAGUCUAGGUCAAUAUAUUCUGAGGAGGCUGUGUUCUUGUUGAUUUGACUGAUCACAAAUAUUUUCGGUCUUUGAGAAGCCAGAAAACAAGGAACUAUACAGGAUUUUGUGUCAUAACAUUUCUUAGUUUGUUUAGUCCAGAGGUGAAGCUCCUUGCAGUUCUUACUCCUGCUUAACGUAUUUUGGGAGUGGAACGACUGGUUUUGUCGUUACCCGUAUAUUGCGUGGUGCCCUACUAGAUGUCUUCAGCAGUAUGCUUCAGUGAGAUAGCACUAUAAAGUAGGCACCAGUUCCACCUAUUGCCGAUAUAAAGAGAUUGGGUGUGGUGCCCUGCUGGAUGUAUUCGGCAGUAUGCUUCAGUGAGGUAGCACUGUCAAGUCGGCAUCAUUUCCGCUCUAUCACAAGGAGACAAACACGAACAUAUCACUGUCUCCUAAAGUACACACUACGCGUAUGCAACUCACACAAAGCCAUCCUAAAUCAUCAUGCAUUAUGAUUGCGUUAAUAGCACUUCCUAUAUACUGCUUCUUUAGAAAAUAUCGAAGUACGUUUACAGUAUAUUAAUAAUAUUUUUCGUCUCAAUUUUAUUUUGCGAUUUCUAGAUAAAUAUAAAAAGAGACAACCCUUCCAUCAUGUUCAACCACAACAUCACGCGAGUAUGUGACGGUUAUGGUUUUGUCAUUCUGGGAUUCUAGAAGAACAAAUGUAUGGGCAUAAAGAAGUAAAUGAUUAGAAAUAUCCACAUGAAUACGCCUUCGAGGUUAUGUUUUUUCCUUUUUCCAUGAUCUCUUGUUUAUGUUUAAUCUGAGAAUUGCUCAGCUAUAUAUUUAUUUAAUUCCCAAUUAUCUUUUUCUGUUUAUC